AUGGGCCUACACGACAGUUACCCAGCAUAUGGGGGCCGUGGCCCUAGCGAUCUGCGUCUAGGACUCGGUCUGGGAUCGGUGGCCACCAUUUUCAUGAUCCUACGUGUCUAUGUCCGACUACGAAUCAAUAAAUUCGGUACUACGGCAUUGAUUUUGUCCCUUGUAGCCUGGCUCCUCACUGCCGUCACCCAGACCUUUGGUGUCAUCUCUAUUCUCCAUGGACUCGGAAAUCAUCUCACAACCGUGGAGGAAACCGGUGAAUUGGGCAAUUAUCUCUUCUUCACUUGGAUGACGGUCUUCUUCUUCAACCUGGCCAUUCCAACGGGAAAGAUCGCCGUGGCAGCGUUUCUGAUUGAGAUGAAUGCCCAAGGCAACCCCAAGAUCCGCCGCAGUCUGAUCGCCGUUGCUGCGCUUAACAUCGUUCUCAACAUCCCGCAAAUCUUGCUUGCCUGGUUUCAAUGCAGCCCUCCGAACGCUCUUUGGGACCCCUUGCGACAGAGUCAAUGCGAUCACCGAACGAGUGUCCACUAUACAUACUUUGCAGGAGCUGUCGCGGCACUCUCAGAUUUCUAUCUGGCCAUUAUCCCGAUCACGAUGCUGGCCCCACUCCGAAUCGAUCGUAAGCUGAAAUGGGGCUUGAGUUUCCUCAUGGGCUGCGGUAUCUUUGCCGGUGUCGCAGCCAUUGUGCGAACAUGGGCAGCUAGCUUCAUCCUGGGUGAUGAUCCGUCGUAUGGUGUCGGUAUCCUCUUCCGCUGGGGUGAGGUCGAGGAGUGGGUCGUCCUCAUUUCCAUGUCGAUCCCACCUGUCUGGCCACUUUUCCGACCUUUCACUCGCCACUUCAUCAAGUCCAACGGACAGUCUCGUAGUCUGCCACCAUACAAGAACUACAACCAGUAUGCCUCGUCGAAGGGAGAUCUCACGUCGCCGAUUGCUGGCCCUGUCAUUACGACGACUAUCUCCAUCUCGUCCACCAAGGGACCUUCGUCUUCUGCUGAACCUGCACGUGCGGAAUCUUCGGCAGGCUCUUUCACCAGAUAUGAUGAGGAAGAGGCUGAGACCCCUCAUACGGUUCUUAGUAGCACUGGUGGCCCUGAAGGUUGGGUGGAAAUGUCUCGCUACAAGAACCAUCCUCAGUGA